UUAAGGAUGGAUCCCUUCAGCCUCCUCCCAGACCACCUCAUCUCCAUCAUCCUCUCCCUCCUCCCCUUCACCGAAGCCGCCAGAACCAGCAUCCUCUCUCGCCGAUGGCGCAAUCUGUGGGUCCACAUCACAGAUUUCUACAUCAGUGGCCGACGUCACGACGACUUAACCAAACAAAUCCAAUGCAUAGACGCAGUCCUAUCACACCCUCAAGUCAACAUCCUCAAGUUCAGAAUAUCGCUCUCCUCAUUUGCCCCCAAGCCCGUAACGGACCGUUGGGCCGGCAACCUAGCCAGGAUGAGGGUUACCAACGUGAGCCUGACGCUGGUCCAUGUGAGCCACGUAGUGCUGCAACGUCUACUGAGUUCAAAGUCCUUGACAAAACUCAAACUUCGGUAUUGCAUUUUCCCGCGUGACAUUUCUCCACUUCUUGUUUCUUGCACUAGCCUCAGACAUCUAGACCUUCGCGGUAUUGAAACAAGCGAUACAGCCAUUAGAGAGAUAAUAUCGGCAUGCGAGAAUCUGAGUUCACUGAAGAUAGGAUUUUGUGUGUUGAGACAACUCGUAGUCAACCAUCAGAGGCUGGAGUGCUUUGUGUGGGCAACGGCGUCACGAACGUGUGAUAUGGAUAUUGAGACUCCGAAUCUGAGAAAGUUGAAAUUGGACAUACUUUCUUGUAAAUUAAGGAGGCUUCGGGUUUCAGCUCCGAUGCUCAGGACGUCGAGGAUCUGUAUUGAGAGGAGUGGGCUGCCUACCGACAGCGACUCAUUGCGGUCACUGAAAGAACUUCUUGCUGGGAUUAGGAACUCUGAGCGGCUUCAACUGGAUGGUGAAGUGGUUCAGUGCUUACCCUCGCGCUUCACGCCUUUGGAGUUCGCCUCUAUUUUUCCGAAGCUAAAGAAAUUGCGCAUAACUGAUCUAGGUAUAGAAGAUCCAGGACAAAUUUCUGCUCUCACUGCGUUUCUCCAAAGUUUCUCUGAGUUACGAGAACUUAAAAUUGAGGUAAAAACAUAUUCUCUAAAGUUGAUGAUACCUAACAGACGCAAGCCAACUGAUCAAACCCAAGCUCACCCAGCCAACGUUACAGUUGAGGGAAAACCACAUGAACUGGGAGGAUGGUGAUACCAAGUAGAUCCAAGGCAAUGGAUCAGACCCGAGCUAACAAAGCGAGCCUGACCACUCUGCCUUUUUUCAAAUGUAGCGUUCUCUAGAAGAUUAUAAAUCACCUGGUUGUUAAAAUUUUAGACACUAGACUUAAUGUGCUUUCCUUAAUAUAUAAUUCGGUAGGAUUUUAGCAAAUUUGACAGUGCGGUGUAUUGCUAGCUCUUAGCAUCUCUUUUUAUGUAUUCCUUCUGUUGGAACUAUGAAGAU